AUGAGGCAGAGAAGGCGACAGGCCUCUCCUCUCCUCUCCACCACCAUCACACCCGCAGCAUCGGCCUCCCGCGGUGGGCGAAGGCGGGUUUGCGUUCUUCACGCGUGCAAUGAUAAAGAUCCGUGUUGUAACUCGGGCCCCGUGGCGCCGGACGGUUUACCAGUCCCUUGCGCCUUCGCGUCCUGGUCAGACGUGCCCACGGCGUGCCUGCCCCCGAGCUGGACCCGCUGCACCUGCGAGUACUACUGUAUCAAAAGGGGUACACUCCAGGGCCUGGCACUUCAGGAAGUGUUUUUGGUGCAUCCUGUAUGCGUCCUGUUGUUGCAUUUUGGCUGCUUUGUCUCACUGGUCAGUGCUCUGCUGAGCUCCUCCUUGCGUGUAGUGGUGGAGCGUUUGGACCUUCAACCAGGCCCCGCUGCCUUCAAACUGCUGCUCCUCUGUCUUGGAAUGAGAGCUACGUCAUGCAGGUUUUUGAAGAGCACAGACUUGGUUCCCGGGAGCCCUCUGACUCUCGCAGAGGUUUUCUCAAAUAACGAUGAAGGCCUUAUUAACAAAAAGUUACCCAAAGAACUUCUCUUAAGAAUAUUUUCCUUCUUGGAUAUAGUAACUUUGUGCCGAUGUGCACAGAUUUCCAAGGCCUGGAACAUUUUAGCCUUGGAUGGAAGCAACUGGCAAAGAAUAGACCUUUUUAACUUUCAGACAGAUGUGGAGGGUCGAGUAGUGGAAAAUAUCUCCAAGCGAUGCGGUGGGUUCCUGAGGAAGCUCAGCCUGCGGGGUUGCAUCGGUGUUGGGGACUCCUCCUUGAAGACCUUUGCACAGAACUGCCGCAACAUUGAACAUUUAAACCUCAAUGGUUGCACCAAAAUCACUGACAGCACGUGUUAUAGCCUUAGCAGAUUCUGUUCCAAGCUGAAACAUCUGGAUCUGACUUCCUGUGUGUCUAUUACAAACAGCUCCUUGAAGGGGAUCAGUGAGGGCUGCCGAAACCUGGAAUACCUGAACCUGUCGUGGUGUGACCAGAUCACGAAGGACGGCAUCGAGGCGCUGGUGCGAGGUUGUCGCGGCCUGAAAGCCCUGCUCCUGAGGGGCUGCACGCAGUUAGAAGACGAAGCCCUGAAGCACAUCCAGAAUUACUGCCACGAGCUCGUGAGCCUCAACCUACAGUCCUGCUCGGGGACAGCAGUCCUCAGGACUGUUCCAGAAGCGGAGGUGUGUCAGCAGAAGAAAGUCAAGAGUGUGCAUCAUAAAGUUUGUUUUCUCUUGUUAACCAGUCACUACCUUUUCCUCCCGUGCGCUUCGCAUCCCAGGAUUUUGGAGGCUGCUCGGUGUUCCCAUUUGACUGACGCAGGCUUUACACUUCUAGCUCGGAAUUGCCACGAUCUGGAGAAGAUGGAUCUUGAGGAAUGCGUUCUGAUAACCGACAGCACUCUCAUCCAGCUCUCCGUCCACUGUCCCAAGCUGCAAGCCCUGAGUCUGUCCCACUGUGAGCUCAUCACAGAUGAUGGGAUCCUGCACCUGAGCAACAGCACCUGCGGCCACGAGAGGCUGCGGGUCCUAGAACUAGACAACUGUCUCCUCAUCACCGACGUGGCCCUGGAGCACCUGGAGAACUGCCGCGGCCUGGAGCGCCUGGAGCUGUACGACUGCCAGCAGGUCACCCGCGCGGGCAUCAAGCGGAUGCGGGCUCAGCUCCCUCACGUCAAAGUCCACGCCUACUUUGCUCCCGUCACCCCCCCGACAGCAGUGGGAGGAAGCGGACAGCGACUGUGCAGGUGCUGUGUCAUUCUCUGA